AUGCUGCUCCUCAAUACGGCGCUGCCCCUGCCGUUCCUCGUGAGCACAACGCAACUCACCAGCACAACGCCUCUCACUCUCACGGAGCAGGACACUACAGCGGACAAGGUGUUAGUAACAUUGGCUCGCUGGGCACAACUGCAGGUUACACGCCCGGUAACUUUCAGCAUGCUCAUAAUCCUGCCGAUGCCGCCGCACCGCCACAGGGUUACCCGCAGCAGCAGGGCUUUGCUCCUCAGCAGCAGCAGCAGCAGCAGCAACACUAUGGCAUCGAUGAAGGCGUCGCUUACCAACAGAACAGUGAGUCUAGUGUGGGUGCUGUGUACGCCCAUUGCUCUACGAGGGAGAGACUGCGAAGCGGGACGGUUGUCCAUCCCCACCAGAUAGUGUAGCGCCUCUUGGAGGCCCAGAUGGAAAGGGGUGCCGCCGCCGCAGUGGUGCCCACAUGUAGCGCACAGACGAGCAUCGCAGCUGACGCAUACAUCCCACCUUUACCCAUUCUGCCUCGCUGCUUGUCCGACCUCGCUAUUCUCAGUGAUGGGUGAGUCGCUUUGCCCUUCAUUCAUCGCUUUGCGCAACACGGAGAUGAGAGAGCUGACUUUGUGCGCUCACCGCGAUUGCGCUCGCGCUCGUGCACAGCCCAAUGCGCGCGCGGAAACCACACGAUGGACACAAAGUAUGGAGUGGUGGGAAUCAUCAUCGCGAUCCUUUGCUGCCCCUGCGGUCUCAUUGCACUUUGCAUCGACCGCAAGAAGGUCUGCACUCGUUGCGGUCACCAAGAGCACUAGGGCGCGCUUCCCCCUCUCUCUGUCUCUCUGCAAUCGAGCGGGAACGUUGUCCAAGGUAGGCGCAAGAGCGAUCCCAUCUGUUUGUUCCUUGGUGAAGAGCUCCGAAUACCCCACCCCAUCGCUCAUGCCCAUGCGCUUCACUCUCAUUGGCUCUGCUUUCCGGCAUUCAUCCUGAUCACUCCCGGCUCGCGACUAGCUUGA